AUGAUCAGCGGCAGCACUUUCGCCGGCAUGAGGGUGGCUGCGGGGAAGACGUCGGCCGUGUGCCAGCGCACGUCGGUCAAGGUGAUGGCGGCGAAGAGGGUGCCGAAGAAGCAGCAGGUCGUCCUGCGGGAGACCAUCCCUGGGCUGGGCCAGGCUGGUGAGCUGGUGACGGUGCUCAACGGGUUCAUGCGCAACCACCUGCUGCCGACGGGCAAGGCCGAGAUCGCGACGCCGGAGAUUCUGGAGCAGGUGCGGGCUGAGGCGGAGCAGAUUGCCAAGCAGCGGGCCGAGGAGAAGAAGGUGGCCCAGAAGCUGGCGACGGCGCUCAAGACGAUCGGCAAGUUCACGAUUAAGAAGAAGGUGGGCGAGGGCGAGAAGAUUUUCGGGACCGUGACGGCGGAGGAGAUCUGCGAGACGGUGUACAACCAGACGUCGCAGCAGCUGGACAAGCGCGGCAUGUCGGUCCCGGCCAUCAGCUCGCUCGGCACGUACGACAUCACGAUCAAGCUGCACCCAGAAGUCACCGCCGCGUUCCAGGUCGUGGUCGCGAAGGACACCGCCGCCGAGUGA